UAAAAGCAAACGAAUGACUGAAGGUCAUUCCAACAAGCUAACAAACAUUAUGGGUGUUUUCGUUAUGGAGGUUUCAAUUUUUCAUCCAUUGGUUAAAAUUUUUUUGAAAUAAGUUUCACUAGAGGUUUUACACAUUAAUUGUGUCAUCGUCAUCCUCCAACACACCUUAUUUUCGCCCCAUCCCUGUAGUCCUCAUCCUUACCGCCCCACACCACUAUCUUACCCCUACCCUCACUUCUCAUAGUGUUUAUCUAGAUUAUAUACAAAUGCUUUUAACAUAAUAUAUUUUGCUUACAUACCAAAUACAAGAAAAUAAGUAAAAACCGAACUUAUUUUCCUGAAAACAUUUUCCUAAAAAACGUGAAGAGAAAUGUACCACAUCGGUGAGGGAUGAAAUCCCUGGGCUUCUUAUAUGGCUUGGGCAAUUCUCCUCCCUUUGAGCUAGCCUUUGGGUUUGACGAAACGUAACAUUUUCCUUCAUGCACACCCUAUAUAUAAUUUCUUGCUCCUGACUGCAUGCCCCCAGGCCUAUCAAAUGGAACAUGAAACAGAGUUCAACCAAAAGCACAGAGAAACAGACAUCAUAAGUUGGUUCGAGGGUGUUGCCGAGGAUGCCGCCGCGGUACAACGGCUGACACUUAGACAGAUUCUUGAACUCAACUAUGGUGUGGAGUAUCUCAAGAAAUGGCUUGAAGAUAUUAAAAUUCAAGAAAUACUGGAUGAAAAUGCAUUGGAAUCAAUAUAUGCCUCUUUGGUCCCUCUUUCUUCUCAUGCAGAUUUAGAACCUUUUACACAAAGAAUUGCUGAUGGAGAUACAACUCCUCUCAUCACUCAACAGCCCAUUACCAAUCUAUCCUUGAGUUCUGGAACCACUGAAGGAAGACAAAAAUUGGUGCCCUUUAAUCACCAUAGCUCCCAAACUACUCUUCAGAUUUUCAAGUUGGCAGCAGCAUAUAGAUCAAGAAUUUAUCCAACAAGAGAAGGAGGAAAAAUUCUUGAAUUCAUAUACAGCAGCAAACAAUGUAAAACCAAAGGAGGAGUAAUAGCAGGGACAGCCACAACUCACUAUUAUGCUAGUGAUGAAUUCAAGAUUAAACAGCAACAAACAAAGUCCUUCACUUGCAGCCCUGAAGAAGUCAUUUCAAGUGGAGACUACAGACAAUCAACAUAUUGUCACCUCCUCCUUGGCUUAUAUUUUUCACAUGAAGUUGAAUUUGUUACCUCAACUUUUGCUUAUAGCAUAGUACAAGCAUUCAGAUCAUUUGAAGAAAUGUGGAAGGAAUUGUGCCAUGACAUUAGGGAAGGUAGUCUUAGUUCAAUUAUCAACAUAACCAGAGUCCGAAAAGCCGUGUUAGGUGUCACUCAACCUAAUCCAGAGUUGGCUUCAAGAAUUGAAAAUGUUUGUGAGGAGCUAGAAAGAGCAGAUUGGUUUAGCAUAGUUCCAAGAUUAUGGCCAAAUGCUAAGUAUAUCUACUCAAUAAUGACAGGGUCAAUGCAGCCAUAUUUAACAAAAUUAAGGCAUUAUGCAGGGGAAUUGCCUCUGGUGAGUGCUGAUUAUGGCUCCACUGAGAGUUGGAUUGGAGUAAAUGUGGAUCCUAAAAGUCCACCAGAGAAAGUUACUUUUGCAGUGAUACCCACUUUUUCUUACUUUGAGUUCAUACCCCUUUAUAGACAGAAGUCAAACUAUAAUUACCAAAACGGUAAUGUUAAUUCAGCAAAUGAUGAUUUCAUAGAAGGUGAUCCUGUGCCCUUAUCUCAAGUCAAGAUUGGUCAACAAUAUGAAAUUGUCCUUACUACUUUCACAGGUCUAUAUAGAUAUCGAUUAGGGGAUGUGGUAGAAGUGGCCAGUUUUUACAAGAAGACCCCCAAACUUAACUUCAUAUUCAGGAGAAAGUUAAUAUUGACAGUGAACAUCGAUAAAAACACCGAAAAAGACCUCCAAUUAGUGGUGGAAAGAGCUUCACAGAUACUAAGCAAGGCAAGACGAACCGAGCUAAUAGAUUUCACUAGCCACGCCAACGUGACAAAGCAACCGGGGCACUAUGUGAUUUACUGGGAGAUCAAAGGGGAAACUAAUGAAAGGGUACUCGAUGAGUGUUGCAGAGAAAUGGAUGCUUCUUUUGUGGAUCAUGGGUAUGUUGUGUCAAGAAGAACAAAAUCGAUUGGACCAUUAGAGCUUUGCAUUGUGGAGAGAGGUACUUUCAAGAAGAUAUUGGAGUAUUACAUAGGAAAUGGGGCUGCUUUGAGUCAAUUCAAGACUCCUAGAUGCACUAGCAACCAAGUCUUACUAAAAAUCCUUAAUGCAUGCACAAUUAAGAGGUUUCAUAGCACAGCUUAUGGGUGAUUAACUAGAAUGCGGUAAUUAUUCAGUCGAAUAUUACAAGUGUUAACCAUGUACUCUCUGUCCCAUAUUACUUCGCCACUUUCCCUUUUGCACGUUCCUUAAGAAAUCAUAAAUAAAAGAUAUAUUUUAUUAUCUUACCCUAUCUCUCUCCAAUAAAUACAUUCUAAUCAAUAUUAACUAUUUUCAAGAACAUUUAAUACUAAGGUUAAGAUGGAAAAGAUUUAACUAAUUUUAUCUUGAUUUUGUAAAUAAACAAAUAAUUUGGAACAUAUAUUUUUAAUAAUGUGGCCAAGUAAUAUGGGACGGAGGGAGUAAUUUAUAAAAUUU